AUGUUCCCUAUCGUCCUUGUUUUAACUUUACUACUGGGACACACUUGUGCGGGCGACUGGGCUCUCCCGCAGCUGCCGUUGCGCGUGAAAAAGUCGCCGGAGGCAGAGUUUCGCUCCCUGAUCGACCAGGAAGCAACAAGGGCCUCUGACUCUGUUCAUUACUCGUCGCUCGCCAGAGAAGACUGGACCAUCGACUUUGACCAGUAUCGGGGCCAGUACGUGCUGAGAGUUGGUGUGGCGGCGAAAGAGGACCUGAAAACUCUGUACACGGCAGCUCAUCAGCUAGACGUGCCUGUGUGGGAGUUCUCCGUGUCGAAGCUCUUCAUUGACUUGCAAGUUUCAGUCGACUCUGGAGUAAAGUACCUGCAGCACAUUAUGGCCCAAUCGCCUGGAAUGGACCUCCAACUAGAGCGUCUUGUGCACGACUUGCCCCAGGCAGUGUUCGAAACGUACGCUCUUCCAGACAUCGACGACGAUUUCAGUGUUCAGCAGGACCUCUUCUUCAAACGGUAUAGGGACCUCAAGACCAUCUACCGGUGGUUUGACCUGCUUGUCGCGACCUACCCCGACCUGUUGGAGGUCGAGUGGAUCGGCCAGACCUACGAGGGAAGAGACAUCAAGGCUGUCAGACUGACGGCACACAAAAGCGAGCCGUCGCCAGAAAAGCCCCUAAAGACCCUGGUCAUCACCAGCGGCAUCCAUGCGCGCGAAUGGAUCAGUGUAUCGACCUCGUGCUACAUACUGUACCGACUGCUGCAGGACUACGAGAAGGGCAAGAAAAAGGCACGGCUGUACCUGGACAGCAUGGACUUCCUGUUCUUGCCGGUCAUGAACCCUGACGGAUACGAACAUACAUGGACCACUGACCGCCUGUGGAGGAAAAACAAGCAGCGAACGUACAACCCCAGAUGUCUUGGAAUAGACAUUGACCACUCUUUCAAUUACCACUUUACGAGAAGCGAAGACUCUCCUUGCAGCGAGAAUUACCCAGGAGAGGGCGCCUUUGAGAGUCUGGAAAGCAGCGUGUGGGACAGAUAUCUGAACGAGACAAAACAUGACCAUCCAAUUUACGGAUACAUCGAUCUCCACUCGUAUGCAGAGGAAAUUCUUUAUCCCUACGCAUACACCUGCUCCGAAAAGCCUAGAGACGAGGAAAACCUGAUUGAGCUGGCGUAUGGUCUGAGCCAGUCGAUCAGACUCACUUCAGGCAAGUCGUACGCCGUGCUGUCUGCGUGCGAAGAUAAAGGCUCGGACCUGCUGCCGGCCAUGGGUGCUGGCUCUGCUCUAGACUACAUGUACCAUAACAAGGCCUACUGGGCGUUUGUGUUGAAGCUGCGCGACACGGGAAGCCAUGGAUUUUUGCUGCCUCCGAAAUUCAUCGUUCCUGUUGGCAAGGAGAUCUACUCGUCGAUCAAAUAUUUUUCCAGCUUCGUUACUGACAAAUAG